GGCUAGCCCGCGAACUCGAACUCACGAGCUCGGAGCAGGAGGCAGCAGAGCUUUGCCGCAGGGAACGUGGCCACCUGGCUUGGGCUUGAAGUUGGAGGGUGGCAGCUACAACGCAAGACUCCUCGGAGGAGCCUCAGGAGGGGCAACUGCAGGAGAGGGACCAGGAGAUCGAAAGGGCAGGACAGGAAGCGGUCCAAAUUCUAAUAAACAUAGGCUGAGCAGCUAUUUUUAUUUCUGAUUAGGCAAUAGGCUGCCUGAUUACGAGAUCAGGUUGUCUGAUUGUUCAUUGAAAACCUUGAACAUGGCCCAAGUGGUGUUGGCAGGUAAUGCAUAGGGUCUGAGUGUGAGAGCAUUUGUACAGCCGCUUGGUAAAUAUGCCAGGAGUCAGGCAGAGGGCGCCAGCCGCUUUGCCUCCGUACGCACAGUGGUUUCAGCUGGUGGAUCCAGGCCUGCUCACAAACAAGACCAUCCGGCAGUAUCUCCUUGCAUACAAUGCGGAGCAAUGGCCAGAGGUUGUGAAGCUGACGCUUCUCUAUGGAAUUCUGUCCCUGCAAAAGCAGUACGGAUCUCAGGCGCUUGCGGUGCAAGACCUGCGGGACAUCAUUGGUCAGAACAAGGUCGCGGCCGCCGUCGAGCAGAGCAUCCCUGGCAUUGAGAAGCAGCUAGCAGACCUGCGGGCCGAGGUGCUCUCAUUCCAGCAGGACUUAGGCCCCAAUGGAAACCAGGGUAAUCAGCCUCCAAUCAGACAGCCAAUAAGCAAUCCCCCAAGCCACCAGCCCUCCAUUCUUGAAGCUGAGAAUGCCGCCCCCGCACCUGCUCGACAGCAGAGGGUGUCGUUUGCGGAGGGGGUGUCAAGCAGGCCAGAGGUGCAGACUUCUUCGCGCCCCCUAGCUGCUGCUGAUCCAAGCAGAGCAGUUCGCAAGGUCGUGAGACGCGCCCCUGUAGAGCAUGGCCAGCCAGGGGUGCAUUUCCAGAGGAUUGACAGGACGCCGACGAGCGGAAGAACGGGGGGAGAGGGCAACCCGCAGGUGCACUUCACGAAAGUGGUCAGGCAGCCGGUUGUUAGGGGGAGGGCUUACAUACCGUCAGGGGAUGAAGCACUGGCGAUGGCGUUGAAGCAGGCGGCGAUAGCGGCAGCAAAGAUGAAUGGGGAGGCGUACGAGCCAGGAGAGGGGGAGGAGGACGAGUCCGCCGUGAAUUAUCCAGAUUGGUACACCCAACACCCCUCCGAACCAAACACUGGGCCCCCAUCUGGUCCUGCCUAUCCCGAUUGGUGGGGCCACGAGGUCUUCGUCCCCCCCCCUCGGAAGGCCAAAAAGGCGCCCCGAGCACCCCCCCGACUGGCAUACUCUGUCCCCAGGGAGGAUCCUCGGGAGCGCCAGCUGUAUGAGGACGACCUGGUUACUGCGGAGUACCUCGGCGUGCCGGGGAGCGGGUACGGGCAGCGCGCAGCGGCGCCACGUCAGUAUGUGACGUCAGCAGGUGACAUCAUCGGGGGCGUUGAAACGGGGCGGGGCUUCGCGGAGGUCGGAGCGGAGGGGGAGAGAAGGCAAGCUGAAGUGCAAACGGUGCCUGUUACCGCGACGGAAGUACGCGGCGCAGCAGUGCCUGCGGUGUCUGGUGUGAAUACCCCUGCCAGGCGGUCCGAAGCCGGCGACCAGGGCUCGGCGCGAAGGCAGUCUUCUGGGUGGGUGGCAACGAUCCCUGUGUCGGAAAUUGGGAAACGGCCCAAGCGAAGAAGCAGUGGAGCGACAGCUGGCGAAAGCGUGGCGACAGCUGGCAGGGCCGCACGGUCGGAGGCGGGCUCAGAGAGGAGCCGGAGGGGAACGUUGGCGGAGGGAGUGGAGAGACGGGUGACUGGGGGGCAAGGAGGCGGGGGAGAAUCCGGGGGAGAAGCGGCGGCGAAGAAGAAGGCGCCUGUGAAGUCGAGGGUCCGGGCGGAGAUUGAAGCCCAGCGGCGGUACGAGGAGCAAAAGGCAGCGGCGCGUCUCAAGGCUGCCCAGGAGUUGCUUUACCGGCCGCGCCGUGGGACGUCCGAAGAGCCGUCCCCCGAGCAGUCCGCGGCAACAUCUCCUCAGUCUGCGGUUGGCCGGAUUGCGGACCAGUUCUUGGAGGACCCCUGGAUGGCUCACUUCCAAGACCCCGUGGGUUCGACGAUGCCAGCUUUUGAGCGGUUCGGUCUGGCCGAGCGUUCUCCCGGACCAUCCAUCGUCCCGUCUGGAACGCUGCUCGCGGCUGCUGCAGCGGCUUCCGUUCUGCUGGGUCGGCGGAGUCCGGAAACGGAACGGUCCGCACGGUCAAGCCCGGGCGACAGCCGGAGCAGUCCGAACCUCAGGUAUGAAGAGCCGCAGGAAGCGGCAGAAGUCCCGCAAAACGCAGAAGCGGCUUCUUUGGAGGUGCCAGAGGUGCAGAGAGAAGUUAGUGAGCGCGAGCGGAGUGCAGCGCCUGACGAAAGGGACGUGGAAUCUUCAGCCGGAGACCGCCAGGCGGUUGGACGAGAAGCAAGUGCUGAUCGGGAGUUGGGAAACCGGGGCGUUCAGGAGGGGGAGGAUCUGCCCGGUGACAAUCCCCGGGCAGGUGCAGCGGUCGGAACGGGAGCCAGUCCGAGGUCGGAGGCACCCGGGGGGAGUGGAAAGACGAGUGACACGUCCCAGCCGGAGGAGUUGAGGGGGCUGCCGGGAGGGGGCGACUCGGAGGCAUCGCAAAGCCCCUCGCUAAGUAGCUUUACUAGCUUCACAACGACCGGCAGUCUGGAGAGCAACUUUCAGAGCACGGCUGAGUCUGGACAGGUUGCUUAGUGCAUUGCGAAGGAGAUGCAGCCUCACCAUGCACAUUAGUCGCAAUCGAACGGUUGAGUUUGAAUAUUGGAUGACACGCUGCCUAGAACUCGUGUUCUGCAGUGGACAUGUACUGUGUGUUUGGCUUCGUUCGAUCAAACUUCUACUGCUAAACAUUGUGAAACAUCUGAGACUGUCUUCCUAC